AAAAUGGAUUAUAAUUAUUAAAAAGGAGGGUAUGGAAUACCAAUGACUGGUAAUAUAUUGUCAGGUUACAAAUAUUAUUACAAGGCUACUAACAAUAUUAGAAUGCCUUAUGUUGAGAACACCUAUCAAUUUAAAGAGGAGGAUAAAUAAGAACAUGUAGAGUUCACAAAAAAAGAAAAAUCAGGAAUUAAAAUAUUUGAUGAUAAUACAUUGGAAUUUGAAUGCAAAAAAAUCACAAUGUAAGAUUUGGAAAAGUUGGAUUUAUAAUAAAGUAACAUUACUGAAUAAGGUAUGUCGAUAAUUUGUUCAUCAAAGAAUUGUUGUAAUUUAACUGAAUUGGAUUUAUCUAAGAAUUCUUAUAAUGUUACAGAUACCUUCCUCAGAUUGAUUGGAGAAUCAUAAUACUUAGUCAAACUGGAAACUUUGUUUCUUGAUGAUAGUGCUGUUUCUGAUAAUGGAAUAAUGUUUCUUACAUAACCUUUCAUAAAACCAGUUGAUUAAUAUACUUUGUAUGCAACUUAAAGUAUGAGGAAAACUAAAAAGCAUUUAGAAUCAACAAGAGGAAUGACAGGUUAAAAUUUUAAUAGUACCGCUGCAAUGACUCAUACAAGUGAUUCUUAAACUUAGUUCUCAGAUUCCAAUAAGUACAGAAAUUUUGUGAAUCAUCUCAAUAAACUAUCUCUUUAGGGAUUAAAUGUCACAGAUAGAGGUCUUUAAUGUAUUUCUUUUAGUUAGAAUGUACGUCUUCGUUAUUUGAAUUUGUCAUUUACAAAAAUUACUGACAAAGGAUUGUGUGAAUACUUCAAUUCAACAAAUAGUGCAUUUUUAGAAUACUUAGACAUUUCUCAUUAACCUAUUACAGAUGAAAGUAUAAAGGCUUUUGCUUAUUCUGAAUUUUGCAAAUCUUUGAUUGUAUUAAUAAUGAAUAGUUGUCCACUAACAAAUGAGAGUAUGACUCAUCUAUGCAAUUCUCCAAAUACCAUUAAUUUGAUAGAAUUAAAUAUUGGUACAUUCACUAAAUCUUAUAUGACUGGAGAAGCUAUCAGAAUUUUAAGUGAAGCUAAAUACAUGAGUUCCUUAAAAAACCUUAAUUUAGAUGGACAACCAUUUCCAGAAGGUAACUUUAUUUUUGUAUCAAAAAGUAAUCCUUCUGAAGUUUAUAAAAAGUGAGAUAAUGAAAAAUAUAGAGAAAUUAUCAAUAGCAAAGAAUGAAGAUAUAACUGAUAGUUUUUGUGGAGCAAUUUACGAAUUUUUUUAAGCAGAACAAUAUAAAUCUUUGAAAUAUUUAAAUUUAAUGAAGACUUGUAUAUCUGAGAGAGGAGUAGUCUAAUUAUAAGAUUUAUUCAAAUUAGUUCACUCAAUUGACAAUUUGUCUUCAAUGAAGAAGAGUAUGAAAUAAAUUUCUACAUAUUUUAGUAAAAGAACAGACAAGAGCUGGCAUAAAAUGCUAUAUAUGUGAUAGAUGUUUAAUGCAGUAAGAUACAGAACGUGAUAAUUAUCGUGAUAAAAAGCCACCAAUAAAUCCACAUAAUUGUUUUAUUUGCAGAUCUAGAUAAAUUACUACAAUAGAGUUUCCAGCAAAAGCAUGUUAUGGAUGUGGUAAAGGAUUUCAAGAGAAAACAUGUCAUUUAUGUUAAAAACAGAUAGGAAAACAUUAAUUAUUUAGAUGUCAUUUGUGUGCAAUAGGAAACAACAAAUUUAAAUGUUUUAAUUGUGAUAGAAUGAUUUUAGCUAAAAAGUAUGAUUGA